CGCUUACACAGUCAACGUUGUUCAACCGUGGGGCGACGCCGGUUAUCUUAACGCCGUGAAGGUAAAACAGUAACGCGCGAGUCCAAUGCCUGCCAGCCUUUUUCUAUUCUUCCUUUCUUCCUCCUGUCCCCAAAACCCGCCAUUACUCCAUCUCCCUCCUUUUCUCUGUUCCUCUCUUCCCACCAGAAAACCCUAACCAAAUUGCCCAAUCCCUAUAUCUCCGAAACCCUAAAACACCCCGAUUCCCCCUCCCCCAAUUCCUUACCGUCUCCCUCCUCUCUUCAAUCUGAAGCAUCCCACAGAGAUGCCGAGCAACGGCAGUCAAUCCUCGUCGGCGGCAUUCCCGUCGAUUUCCUCGCCGUCCUCCGCAACCGCCGCCGCGGCAGCCGGCAUCCUCCAUUCCUCCUCCUUCAGAGUCCCUUCCUCUUCCUCGUCGAUGUUCUCAACUCCGUUCGUCCUCGCCUUCUCCCUCCUCCUCUCCCUCCCGAUCCUCUUCCUCCUCGCCCCGCGAAUCCUCCCCCCGCGGCUCUCCUCCGUCCCAAUCUCGCCCUCCGACGAGCUCGAAGACCUCUCGCUCUUCCGCCGCGCGUCCGCCACUCCCACCACCACCCGCCUGCCUUCCUCCUUCUCCCACCUCGCCGCUUCCAAGCCCAAGCUCAAGAUCGCCUUCCUCUUCCUGACCAACUCCGAUCUGCAAUUCGCGCCGCUCUGGGAGAAGUUCUUCCGCCCUCCCUCGGCCAAAUCGCUCUACAACAUCUACGUCCACGCCGAUCCGACCGUCAACGUCACCAACCCCGGCGGAGUCUUUGAAGGCAAGUUCAUCGAACGCGCCAAGCGGACCUACCGCGCGUCGCCGACGCUGAUCUCCGCCACGCGCCGGCUGCUCGCCACCGCCAUCCUCGACGACCCCGCCAACGCCUUCUUCGCCGUGAUUUCGCAGCAUUGCAUCCCGCUGCACUCGUUCAAGUUCGUCUACCACUCCCUGCUCAAGUCCAGAUCCUUCGAUUUCUCCUCCGGGGAUCCCGAUGCUUCCACUCAGUACGGGAUUCGGCUCCAGUACAAGAGCUUCAUUGAGGUGAUCUCCGACGAGCCUCGGCUCUGGAAGAGGUAUGUUGCUCGCGGGAGGUACGCGAUGAUGCCGGAGGUUCCCUUUGAGGAUUUUAGGGUUGGAUCUCAGUUCUUCGUGUUGACCCGACGCCACGCGCUGAUGGUGAUCAAGGAUCGUCGGCUGUGGAAGAAAUUCAGGAUGCCGUGUUACAGAGAGGAUGAGUGUUACCCUGAGGAGCAUUACUUUCCGACCUUGUUGUCAAUGCAGGAUCCCAAGGGGUGUACUCAGUACACUCUGACCAAGGUUAAUUGGACGGGGACGGUCAAUGGCCAUCCUUAUACUUACAAGAAGAGCGAAAUCUCCCCGGAGUUGAUUCAGGGUUUGAGGGAAUCGAAAUACUCGAGCUCCUACUUGUUUGCUAGGAAAUUCGCCCCGGAUUGCUUGGCGCCAUUGUUGAAGAUUGCCGACAAAGUCAUUUUCCGGGAUUAAAACAGCUGAAGAAAGAUUUAAGAGUUUGUUGUAUCCACUGGUAAGUUCUUAUUGCAGCCUUCUCAUCAUAUGACUGGUAGAAUUGAAUCUUUGCCAGUUUGUGUCUAAUUGAGGUAGCAGUGUGAGUUCAUAUGAUCUAGAUCUAUAUCUUCCCAAAAGCUUAAGAGUCAUCGAUUUUGGGGAUACUGGGAGGGUGUACUUUGGAAAGGAAAGCUCUUCCUUUGGGACCAUAAGCUAGUCUCUCCAUUGAAUGCUCGAUUAUUCUGGUAGACUCCUCAUUAGUGGGUUGUGGCCUUGUGGGGUAGGGUUUUCCCAGGAAACAAAGACUUCGCCUUUGCCUCCAACUUAGUCGUAUAGGUCAUUAUCCAAGCUUUUAUGAGGCGGCAUCUUUUUUAUUGGAAGUGAGAAAAUUAGCUUUCAAGUUCGAAGCUGUAAGCCUGUAAGGGCUGGGUCAAUGCUGCUCCCUGUGAGCUGGUGACAGGAUGGGGAAGAGAAACCUUCAGCUUUGGGGGGCUAUUGUCACCUGAAUUGUUAAAUGGCUAUUACCAUAACCAAUUUUUUUGCUCGUGUAGGAUAAUAUUAUCUUAGGCAGAUUUACUUGCAACCAGAGCUUAUGCUUGUCAUGUUGUCUUGCUCUUCACCCAUAAGAUGUUCAUUUGUGCUCGUUAUUCCUUCUGUUCUCCAGAUGAAGACUGGAGAGUGUAUCUUUGCAAAGGCAAAGGAGUGGACAAGGAUAGCAAAGGGUCCAUCUCAAGAGAUAGUAAAGGAAGGUACAUAUCGGAAAAGCAUAAAGAGAAUUGGUUUUUGUUUGUUGUUUGUGGGGGGAGGAGAUGGUUGUGUAUCCUUACGUUGGGUGGUUAAUGGGAUUUUGAAGAGGCGUCAAGCAAGUGUGAAGUGCCCACAAAACUCAUUGACCUCCCACUUAGUUCGAAGUUUCGAACUUUUUGAGAUUUGGUGGUAGAGAAAGCAAACCAAGGGCUGGGUUUGUAGGAAGGGAAGAACGUAUUUGAGUAGAGGGGAAAACACAGUAGUCCUUAGUGGAUGCUGUUGCCUUGUUAGUUAGGGUAGAAAGGUUGGGUUUGAAGGUGGCAAGAAUGUAAUGUCAACAAUGGUGGCUGGUGGGAGGGCUAGAAGAAAGAGGGGGAGUUUUUGAAGUCAUUCUGGUUUUUGUUGUAAUCUUCUGUACAUAUGUAAUCUGAAUCUUGUCUGUCUGUCUGUCUCCAUUCAAAAUGAAGACAAUUUGUUGGAUGUAUUGGGUCUCAAGUUUGUGGGAAAGCAAUCAACUGUAAAGCCAAUUGUAGUAAUUGAAAAGCCUGUUGUAAUAGUAACACUACACUAGUGGCAUCUUUAUCAUCCUUGUUCUGUCUUCCUUUUUGUUUGUUGGAGGAUGCUAUUUCUGAGAAAGGACUCUGAUUUUUGGCCACUGCGAAGCAGCUGACUGUGUUUGAGCUCAGAAAGAUAAGAGAUUGAAAGAGAAAGAGGGAAUAAAUGUGAGGCAGCAGCUGUAUGUAUUUGCUCUGCGUCGAUCCUGUGGCUGUGAAUGAUCCAACAAAGUCAAGCAUGAUUGGAGCGCAGGCUAUUGUGUUAAGAACACAAUAUUUUGUGAUUAUCUUUUGUGGGAUGUGUCGUAGUCAUUAGUCAAUGACUUUUGAUAAUAUUGAAUGCUUAAUUAAUGAGUAGUAGGUUUAGAUCUUAACCCCCAAGGCCUAAACCACUAAUAAUGCUUAUACAAGCAAACAAUGAAGCCAAGCCAACUACCUCAUAUUGGAUUGGAUUGGGACGUGUUCCUGCUAGAUGCAUCGUUUUGAUGCUAGUUUUGGGAUGUGAAAUGUGUGGUUGAGUUCUUUCUUCUAAGUGCUAUUGUUAAUGUGUUUAUAUAUAUAGGUCGUGUCGAAUGUUCUGAGCAAGGUUGUUAAACCUCUAUCAAACUCUCGGUUGGACUCAAUCCGACCUAAUAUGGGCUUCAAAACGAUCUCUAGAAAGCCUUCCGGUCCGACCUCUAAAGAGGAAGAAGAAGAGAGGGGGAAGAGAGGAAGAUGGUGGGUGGGUUAUAAAGGUUAUGUAGAUUU